UACAUGCACGGGUCACUGCGAGUUAGAAAGGUCGUAUGGCAUUUCAAUCGUGCCGAUCAAGGGACAUACAUGUCCGUUCACAAAUAACGACCAUCUUCCGUACGCCUCUGUCAAAAAUAUAGUAACAUAUUAUAAUCUUGUUCACGUGUGAAGUGUGAAGUCGCGACUUUUGAAAAAAAAUCGUCAAAAAGGGUUAAUUUAGGAAAAUAUAUUUAUUUUGCAAUUGGUUAUUUUAUAUAUCAAAACAGUGGACAGUGGUUUAAAUAAAUUUUGUUUAAAAAUAGCAAAUAACAUUAUUUGCCAAAGAAAAUAUUUCAUUUGUUGACAAACGGAUAAAUUAUUAUAAAAUUAGGUUGUGAAAACACGAUAUGGAUAUAGUUAAGAUUGUGUUUAAAAUAAAUAAUGAAUAAAGCUAGUAAAAAAUUCCCGGUGUCUGACGACGCAGAAAUUACAAAUGGAGACGUAAACUACACAAGUUUCAAGAAGGAAGGACCAUGGGCAAGAAGAAGCAAGUUGGAAAAAGGAUUAAUAUUUUUCCUGGUUAUCUUAGUGUUGGCUGUUAUUGGGCUAGUGAUCGCUGUAGUACUUGUACGAAAAGAUGACAGUAAAACUAUGCCUGAAGUAUGUGGUACACCUGAUUGUGCUGAAGCUACUGCUAGAUUGAUAGAGAAUAUGGACAUGUCGGUUGACCCGUGCGAAGAUUUCUACCAGUACUCGUGCGGCUCGUGGAAGAAGAAGCAUGUGAUACCUGAAGACAGAUCGGGCUUUAACGUGUUUGGUGUGAUCCGAGACAAUGUACAAGUGAUAAAUAAAUACCUUCUAGAAGACACGAUGUCCUAUCCGAAUGGUUCAGGCGUGAUUAAGGCGAAAGACAUGUAUUCCUCAUGUGUUGACCUAGAGGCAAUUGAAAGUAAAAAUACUACUGUGGCAAUACCGUUACUUGGUGAACUAGGAGGAUGGCCGGUCUUGGAAUCGAAUCCAGGUGGCGCGUGGGCAGAGAGCGAGUUCGAUUUGUCUCGUCUGCUUAUAAAACUGAGAGAGUACAACAACCGUCCUUUGAUGGAUAUUUAUAUCAGUUCUGAUAGUAAAGACUCCGAGAAAUAUAUAAUUUACUUGGACCAACCCGACUUCGGUCUACCAGGUAGAACGUAUUACCUCGAAGAAAAUUUAUCGCACAUGCGCGAAGCAUACGUCACGCUUGCGUCAUCGAUUGCAAAGCUAUUUGGUGCAAAUGCGACAUUGGCUGAAAUAGAAAUGAGAGAAGUUUUGGCUUUUGAGACAGAUCUUGCCAACAUCAGCAUGAGGGCGGAGGACAGACGCGACAACGAGGCUCUGUAUAAUAAAAUGACAAUAUCUGAACUAAAACAGAACUUCACAGAACCAGAUUCUGGUGCUGACAUCCAGUUUGACUGGUUGCAAUUCAUUACUGGAGUGUUUGAUAUCGAAGGUGUUAAAAUAGCAAUAAAUCACAGUGAACCAGUCGUUGUCAGAGCAGUGCCAUACUUCGAAAAACUGUUCAAUGUCCUCCAGAAACAUAGAAAACGCACUGUUACUAACUAUCUAAUGUGGUAUUUUGUACACAAAAAUGUUGUGGGGAACCUCGGCAGAAAUUUUCUAGAGGCGAGAGCUUCUUACAAUGAGGUGGUUUACGGGACAUCAGCCUCCACGGCCAGGUGGAAGUCAUGUGUGGACUAUACUGUCAGUUUAUUUGGGAUGGCAGUCGGUCAUAUGUUUGUCAAAGAAACAUUCGACGAAUCUGCAAAGUCAGUGGCACUUGAUAUGAUUGGCAACAUACGAGACGCUUUUAACGAGCUUCUGGAUGAACUUGAUUGGAUGGAUGAGCCGACAAAGGAGCUUGCAAGAGAAAAGGCUAAAGCAAUGAGGGAGUGGAUUGGCUAUCCUGAUGACGUCAUUAUUGAGGAGAAAGUCAACGAAUUAUAUGAAAAUGCUACGAUUGACAAAAACGAGUAUUUCAAGAAUGUGCUGAAUAAUUUGAAGAAUUCCGCCAAAUCUGGUCUACAAAACCUGAGGAUUAAGUACAACAAGAAUGUAUGGACAACCCCUCCGUCUACAGUGAAUGCAUUUUACAGCUCUAUACGCAAUAACAUAAUGUUCCCUGCUGGGAUUUUGCAGCCACCAUUCUAUAGUAAAGAUCAACCGAAAUCGAUGAAUUACGGUGGCAUAGGUGUUGUUAUCGGGCAUGAAAUCACACAUGGCUUUGAUGAUAGAGGGCGGCAGUAUGACAAGAACGGUAAUCUACAAGAGUGGUGGGACGCUUCCAUUAUUGCAAAUUUUAAAGACAAGGCAAAGUGUAUUGUUGACCAGUACAAUGAAUUUAUUGUACCAGAAGCAGAACUAAAUGUAAAUGGUAUUAAUACACAGGGAGAGAACAUUGCUGAUAAUGGAGGGCUUAAACAAAGUUUCCGGGCAUACAGAAAAUGGGUUGAACAACAGGGGAGAGAGGAACCUUUGCUACCGGGACUCAAUUUUACAAACAACCAACUGUUCUUUAUCAACUUUGCCCAGAUUUGGUGUAAUAACAUGCGUAAAGAAGGUAUGAUAAAUUCCAUAAAAAACGGCGUACACAGCCCGGGACAGUUCAGGGUGAUUGGAACGCUUCAAAACUCCCGAGAUUUUGCGAAUGCUUUCAGUUGCAAGAACAAUCACUACAUGAACCCUCAGAACAAAUGCUAUGUGUGGUAAAGAUGGUGAUAAAACAGAAUAACUCGAGCUGUCAAGCUCGCCCAAUAAGCUUGAUCGUGUCAUUUAAAGGCCCAUUAUGCCUCAGAAAUGCCUUUAUUUUUGUUUUUCAAAAGCGUCUUGUUUUUGGUGUUAUGUUCAAGUUUUUCAAAAAGCUUAAUCAUUGACCAAUUAUCAGAUUUAUCUUUUGCUUCUGUUGCGUUUUGGUAAUUAGUGCAGGUAUAGUGAUAUUUGGUAUUUUGUAUGGAAGUCAAAAUACUACUGUGUUUACAUUUUGCUACUUUUAUGACAAGUAAUUUUAUAUCCAGCGCUGCUUUCUUCAGGUACUAAGCAUCUAACAUGCCUUAAAACCGUUACUUAAAUGUUAUGAAACGAAAGUUUGCUCUUCCUAAAAAUGAAGAAGAAGAAAAAAAAAAUGUUUCUGAGGCAUAAUGUGACUUUAAAAAAAGAACGUACAUUUAGAGUGCCAGAAUGAUUAUAAUAAUUCUCAAUAAACUUGUUUUUUUGCAAUGAUUGAAUUAAAAUUAGCAUCACUGAAUGAAAUUUUCAAUCCAAUGAAGGUUGUGUACUUUUUUGUUCUUGCCUUACUUUCUGUGAAUCUAGUUUUCUUUAUAAAAAAUGAAUAAAAAAAUAUAAACGAAUUUUUAAUAGAGUCAAUAAAAUCAUUGAGAGAAGUAUUUUCAAAAAAGUAUAUAGAUCUCCCAUGUUUAAAUGAAAUAUUUUAAUGCUAUUUGUCAUAUGAUUAUUAUAUCUACAUAAACAUUAUUAUUUUAUUUACUAAUUUCUAUGUUUAUUUCUCAUUCAUAGUUCUUAUUUCAUAUUCUUAUUCCAUACUUCAGUAGAUAUUUCACAUUCUUAUUUCGCAUACUUAAGUCACAUCCUUAUUUUAUAUACUUCAAUAGAUAUUUCACAUUCUUAUUUUACAUUCCUAUUUCAUCUAUCAAUUUCGUAUUCCACAUACUUCAGUACAUAUUUCACGUACUUAUUUCAUAUUCUUAUUUCAAAUUCUUAUUUCAUAUACUUUUUCACAUUC